CCCAAGAUGCCUUGCUGCCUAUUAAUGGUGGGCAGAGAGGCUGAGCAAGAACAAGAAGGCGGCACCGGAAGUAAGAGGCCUAGGUGCCCAGCUUGGCCGGAAGUUCCAGAAACAAUCAGGUUUCAAAUAAAUACCCAAUAUGUCUCAUCAGACUAUUCAUCUUUUCCGGAAGGGUCUCCGGCUACAUGACAACCCCACUCUACUAGCUGCAUUGAAGUCUUCUGCAAUUGUAUAUCCAGUCUACAUACUGGACAGAAAGUUUUUGACAUCUGCAGUGAAAAUGGGAGCUAUCCGUUGGCAUUUCCUUUUGCAAUCUCUGCAAGAUCUGCAGGCAAACCUAAAGAAAUUGAAUUCUUGUUUAUGGAUUAUUCAAGGAGAGUAUGAAGUUGUAUUGCGGGAGCAUGUUAAAAAGUGGAAUAUUACGCAAGUGACAUUAGAUGAUGAGAUUGAACCAUUUUUCAGGGAGAUGGAGAGGACUAUUCAAGCUAUCGGGAAAGAAAUGGGAUUUGAAGUAUUAUCAAUGGUGGGACACACAUUGUAUGAUGUCAAACGGAUUGUGGAACUAAAUAGAGGAACACCUCCAUUGACAUACAAGAGGUUUCUCCAGAUACUCUCUAAACUUGGAGAUCCAGAGAUGCCUGUGGAGGAUUUUACAACUGAAAAUUCACAAAAACUCAGCCCUCUCCCUGAAGUAGAACUGGAUGAAUGUUACAGAGUUCCUCUCCCAGAGGAGUUGGGAAUUUCUAAAGAGUACCUGUCACCUUGGAGAGGUGGGGAAACAGUUGGGCUACAGCGACUUGAAGAGCACAUGAAAAACCAGGGGUGGAUAGCAAAAUUUGCUAAACCAAGAACUAUCCCAAAUUCUCUGCUUCCAAGUACUACAGGCUUGAGUCCCUAUUUCAGCUUGGGUUGUUUAUCAGUUCGGAUGUUUUUUUAUUGGCUGUCAAAAAUUUAUGCUCAGUCAAAGAACCAUUCUUUGCCACCAGUAUCUCUUCAAGGUCAGCUGCUUUGGAGAGAAUUUUUUUAUACUGUAGCAUCAACAACACCAAACUUUACAAAAAUGGCUGGGAAUCCCAUCUGCCUUCAGAUAGAAUGGUACCAAGAUGCAGAGAAACUCCACAAAUGGAAAAUGGCACAGACAGGCUUUCCAUGGAUUGAUGCCAUUAUGACCCAACUCCGUCAGGAAGGCUGGAUACAUCAUCUUGCUCGUCAUGCUGUGGCAUGCUUCCUGACACGUGGAGACCUCUGGAUCAGUUGGGAGGAAGGCAUGAAGGUAUUUGAAGAGCUGCUUCUUGAUGCAGAUUAUAGCAUUAAUGCAGGGAACUGGAUGUGGCUAUCAGCCAGUGCUUUCUUCCACCAGUAUUCACGCAUUUUCUGUCCUGUUCGUUUUGGCAAGCGCACAGAUCCAGAAGGCCAGUAUAUUCGAAAAUACCUCCCAGUGCUGAAAAAUUUUCCUUCCAAAUACAUUUAUGAACCUUGGACAGCACCAGAAGAAGAACAGAUAGAGGCUGGCUGCAUUAUAGGUAAAGAUUAUCCUUUUCCUAUGGUAAACCACAAAGAAGUCAGUGUUCAUAACCUGCAGCUGAUGAAACAAGUCAGAGAAGAACAGUACAAAACAGCUCAACUCACAAGAGAUGAUGUUGAUGAUCCAAUGGAAAUGAGGCUGAAACGAGAACUUUCAGAAGAGAACACUCAAAAAGGAAAACAUACCAGAAAAAGUGAAGAAGUAUAGACUAAUCCAUUCUGUUUAUGUUUACUUGGUAGUAAGUCUCACUUCAUGCAGUGGGAAAGAUGCAUCUAGGGAGAAGUGAUUUUUUAUUAUGCAGCUUAUAGACACUCCUUUAGAUUUAUCAGAAUGGAAAGUGAUGAUGUGUUGAAUGCAGCAUUUAAUUAUUGCUCACAUUAUGCACUUUACCCUUUUUCUGUUCUUGAAUUUUCUCUGCAAAAAAAAAGUGUUUUCCUUAAAACAUCUAUUUUUGAAAUGAUUCAUGGGAUAACUUGACUUGCAGAUGAAAUAUGUCAUUUAUAGCCUUCUCUGCUGUGGCAUCUUAGUUGUAGAAUGUCCUGCCCUUGAAGGCCUGAUUGGCAUGAGCACUGGUUUCAUUCUGGUACCUAGUUAAAACAUGGUUUUUUUUAUCACAGGUCUAGAGAUCUUUCCCAAAUAUGUAUAGUUAAAUGGUUUUAAAUUAUUUUAAUUUUAAGUUGUUUAAAUUAUUUUUUAAGUUUUAGGUUAUUUAAAAUGUUAAAAUUACUCCUUACUAUUUUAAAUUGUUUUAUUUGUACACUGCCCUGAGAU